AGAAACGUUUCCGCCUCCUCUCCUUUAUCUCACGCUGUCAGUCAUCAGAGCUGCUGCUGAACACACGAACACCUCCACGGUCACAUCAUGCCGGGACUUCUGCUCGGAGAUGUAUUUCCUGAUUUUGAGGCGGAGACAACCGCUGGAAAAAUUAAAUUCCACGAGUUUCUCGGUGACUCGUGGGGGAUCCUGUUCACUCACCCCAGAGACUACACUCCGGUGUGCACCACGGAGCUGGGCCGAGCUGCCAGACUGAGCAGCGAGUUCCUCAAACGCGAAGUCAAACUUAUCGGCCUUUCCAUUGACACUUUGGAGGACCAUCAUGGGUGGAGCAAGGACAUCCUGGCGUACAACUGCGACGAGUCUGGCUGCUCUUCACUGCCCUAUCCCCUCAUAGCUGAUGGCAAACGUGAGCUGGCAGUCGCUCUGGGCAUGCUGGACCCAGAGGAGAAGGAUAAAGAUGGCAUGCCAGUCACCGCCCGCUGCGUGUUCAUCAUUGGUCCUGACAAAAAGCUCAAACUGUCCCUGUUGUACCCGGCCACCACAGGACGUAAUUUUGACGAGAUCCUGCGAGUGGUGGACUCGCUCCAGCUCACAGCAGGGAAACGAGUGGCCACACCAGCCGACUGGAAGCCUGGAGACUGCGUGAUGAUCCCUCCUAGUAUACCUGAAGAGGAGGCUGCCGCUCUGUUCCCAGCUGGCGUCUACUCCAAAGACUUGCCCUCUGGGAAGAAGUACCUGCGCUACACGCCAUGGCCAUAAGCAGAUACUGAUGUGAAGAACUCGUGUCCGUCACCGGGACUGUACCUCAAUCCAGAAGUUUUCAGUUCUGGUUUACAAAUGUCAACUGGCAGAUAUCUCUGUUGUGAAUCACCCCUCCAUGACAAAAUGAACGUAAUGACUACCAGUGCCUUAAAAUAUAUGUAGGAUUAUUCCAAGUCGUGCACUAAAUCCUUAUAUUGAACCGCGUCAGAAAGGUGCUUAAUUCAAUUGCAUGAUCAUUUUAGAGGAUGUAGCCUGUGGUGCUGUUAAACUGCAUCAAAUUAAACAGUGUUUCUGUUAUUUAGCUUAGCACAGUGACUGAAAUGGGGUUGUCAAAAUAAUAGAAACGUGUGUCAGCAGAACAAAAAACAAUUCAGCAGUGCUACAAACCACAGCCUACGUGCUGCAAACGCAGCUGCAUCAACAGCUCUCAGUUAUUUGAAAGAUUUAGUGCAGGACUGUUAUAUCAAAAUGUAUUCCUUUCCUAUUAGUGUACCUAAUAAACUUGCAUAUAUAUGUACACUAAUUAUUUAAAAAAAUACGAAUAAUUUUAAAAUCUUCAGUGCAGCUGGAGAAGUUUAUAUCUUCGUGACAGUGUUACUAUCCAGGAUAGACCAUUUUACACAAUAGUAGACUUAGACUUUAAUGAUUCACAUUUAGCAAUUUGUUUAGCAAUUUCCUCUCUCUUGGUGCAGAGGGUGGUUUUGAAGGCGGUACAGCAGCUAGUCAGAGAUGUCUAUAUUAUUUAAAACCCGUACAAUUGUCUACUACUGAAUAAUAAUUUAGGACUAAUCCAUUCAUUUUACUGAAAUCAUUUACUGUAGUCUUACUCCAAUGAUUCCCUUGUGUCAGUCAAUAAAACAUUAUUUUCUCACUGA